UUGACUCAUUCAGAAAGGAAAUUGCACCUCUUACACAGUUCAUUUGGAUGGGUGUGAUGACAUGGAAAACAGCACAUUUUAUUAGUCUCCCCAAAUCUUGAGGAAGAGAUGCUUCCAUGGUCCAACUGUCUCAGACAGAGCCUAUAUAAUAGGUUGCUGGUGAUUCUAUUGAUGACAAUCUACCAAGACUUAACAGGUGAGACAGGAGGUGUCCAGGCCUGGACAUAUAACUACAGCGUCAACCAGAAUCUGGACUGGGAUUCGGCCCGCCAGUGGUGCAGGCAGGACUACACGGACAUGGUGGCCAUCCAGAACCAGGAGGAGAUUGUCUAUCUCAACACCAUGCUCCCUAAGAACUCACAAUACUACUGGAUCGGCCUCCGCAAGGUGAAUGAGAUGUGGACCUGGACGGGGACUAACAAGACACUGACCAAAGAGGCGGAGAACUGGGCCACCGGGGAGCCCAACAACAUAGGUGACGGACAGGACUGUGUGGAGAUCUACAUCAAAAGAGGAAAGGACGAAGCCAAGUGGAACGAUGAGAGAUGUACAAAAAAAAAGGGAGCCCUCUGCUACACAGCUUCUUGCUCAGAGCAUUGCUGCAGCGCCCAUGCAGAGUGUUUAGAGAACAUAGGGAACUACACCUGCCAGUGUGACCCUGGCUUCAAGGGCCCCCGGUGCCAGGAAGCCGUAGAGUGUGACACUGUGUCGGACCCAGAGCAGGGUUCGGUGAACUGUGACCAUCCUCAUGGGCUGUUUGCCUUCAACUCCUCUUGCCAGUUCCACUGCGCCCGGGGAUACCAGCUGCAGGGGGCAUCACAACUGCUCUGCCAGGCCACAGGGUUCUGGGACCACCCUGCCGCUCAGUGCCAAGUCAAACAGUGUCCAGCGCUGGACAGUGGUCCUCAUAGAGGGACUAUGAACUGCAAUAACCCCAUCGCCCUGCACAGUUAUAACUCCACCUGUGAAUUCAGCUGUGAUUUGGGGUUUGACCUAAUAGGACCAGACAGGAUUCAGUGUGACCACACAGGACAGUGGACAGGCAAUGUCUCCACCUGCACAGUGGUGAGCUGUGGCCCCCUGUCCCCUCCUGCCAUGGGGAACAUGUCCUGUGUGGACCCCCUGGGGGCUUCCUCCUUCACCUCCUCCUGUGGGUUCUCCUGUGAGGAGGGCUACCUGCUGAGAGGAGACACCAACCUCACCUGUUUAUCUACUGGACAAUGGACCAACCACACACCUGCAUGUGAACCUCAGCAGUGCGACAUCUUAACCUCUCCCCUGCACGGCUCCCUGAACUGCUCUGGCCUCCAUGGUCAGUUCCACUACGGGUCCCAGUGUCUGUUCUCCUGUGAGGAGGGGUUCCUGCUGAACAGGUUGGCUGAUACAGAGUGCACCUCCCUGGGCACAUGGAGCAGGAGAGCCCCCCUCUGUCUGGUGGUGAGGUGUGGCCCCCUGUCCCCUCCUGCCAUGGGGAACAUGUCCUGUGUGGACCCCCUGGGGGCUUCCUCCUUCACCUCCUCCUGUGGGUUCUCCUGUGAGGAGGGCUACCUGCUGAGAGGAGACACCAACCUCACCUGUUUAUCUACUGGACAAUGGACCAACCACACACCUGCAUGUGAACCUCAGCAGUGCGACACCUUAACCUCUCCCCUGCACGGCUCCCUGAACUGCUCUGGCCUCCAUGGUCAGUUCCACUACGGGUCCCAGUGUCUGUUCUCCUGUGAGGAGGGGUUCCUGCUGAACAGGUUGGCUGAUACAGAGUGCACCUCCCUGGGCACAUGGAGCAGGAGAGCCCCCCUCUGUCUGGUGGUGAGCUGUGGCCCCCUGUCCCCUCCUGCCAUGGGGAACAUGUCCUGUGUGGACCCCCUGGGGGCUUCCUCCUUCACCUCCUCCUGUGGGUUCUCCUGUGAGGAGGGCUACCUGCUGAGAGGAGACACCAACCUCACCUGUUUAUCUACUGGACAAUGGACCAACCACACACCUGCAUGUGAACUGGUGAGGUGUGGCCCCCUGUCCCCUCCUGCCAUGGGGAACAUGUCCUGUGUGGACCCCCUGGGGGCUUCCUCCUUCACCUCCUCCUGUGGGUUCUCCUGUGAGGAGGGCUACCUGCUGAGAGGAGACACCAACCUCACCUGUUUAUCUACUGGACAAUGGACCAACCACACACCUGCAUGUGAACUGGUCCAGUGUGAGAAACUAUUGCCCAGACAGCCAUCUCCACCACCCACUCCAUCCUCAACCCCACCACCAACCCAGGGACCCUUCAUGAACUGCUCACACUCCCUAGGGGAGUUUAGCUUCAGCUCUCUGUGCCUCUUCAGCUGCAGCAAAGGUUACUAUCUGAACGGAACAGAAGAGCUGUCCUGCACCUCAGAGGGACAAUGGAGUGACCUUGUGCCCUCUUGCCAAAGAAACAUCAACUCUGUCCAAGAGUCCUCUAGGAUGCUGGUCUAUGCAGUGGUGGGAGUUGCCUCUGCUGCUGGGCUGUUACUACUGCUGGGACUGGGCAUGCUGGCCACAAAGAAGCUCAGCAAGAAAGGUGACUUCAACUUUGAUAACUCGUUAUGGGAGGAAAGAGAGAACCCUGCUUUUGAAAAUUCUUAAAAAAGAAUGUGCUUAAAUACAUUGUACUGUAAAACAAGGUUUUGUAUAACAAGUUAAUUGCUUUCAAUGUAUUUAAAGCCAACACUGUUCCUUCUAUACCUAUUUUUGUGUAUGGGCUGUUAAAGCUAAAAUAAAUCACUUUUGGGCGACCCGACCAGAUUCACAUAGAAAUGUGAGUUAUAGAUAUGUAAUUACUGAAAAUAAGUCUAAGAAGCUGUAUAUCUGUUCUAUGUAUACUAUUUCUAUGCUUCCCAUUCUUAAGUUUCGAUGGGGAGUCAGUAGAGGUUAAAGUUAAAAUAUAUAACUUUUGGGCGACCCGACCAGAUUCACAUAGAAAUGUGAGUUAUAGAUAUGUAAUUAUUGAGAAUAAUAAGAAGCUGUAUAUCUUUUCUAUGUAUACUAUUUCUAUGCUUCCCAUUCUUAAGUUUCGUUUUUGGCAUCUUUUACUUUCUGGUUUUUGUACACCAGCUUCAAACAGCAGAAAAUGCAAUAUUUCUGGGCGAUUGAAAAUAUAUUUCACAGCGUUUUAGAUGGUACAAUGAUUCUCUACACUCUGUUUUGUGUAAAUUAGGAAAACUAUUCGAAUUUUAGCAACUAGAAAAUGGCGGAGUGAUUUCUGCAUAUUUCAACUUUUUAAUGGAUGUUAGAUGUGUAGGAUUUUAAUUUGACCAAUAUUGUCGCAGCAAAAUAAUCUUUCAUCAACAGGAUUUGAACAUUUAGUCCAUUCACACUUUUCCGUAAUGUAAUGUUGCUUGAUCGGUGGUUAGGCUAUUAGCUGGCCAAAAUUGGGCUACAUUACGGUGCAAUAAUGUUAAUAUAAUCGUGUGUUAGUGGUUUUCAGUGAAUUUAUGUCAAGGAAAUGUCAGGAAAAUUCUCAGCGACAACAGAUUGAUCAAAUGAAGAUCCCAUAUCUGAAUGUAAGGUUAUAGUCAAACUCAUGGCUUUCUAUGUUUCUCAUCAAUGUUCACUUGGAUAAAUGUUGAAUUCAAUAUAUUGAGAUCAAUAGAAUGCGCAGAAUGUGCAAUGCUGUAAAAAAAGUAUUUUAUUUUUACGAAUAACAAAACAAAACAAUAUAUAUAUACUUAUUUUAUUGAUUUAAUUAACAAAAUUAUGCCACACCCAAUUCCCCUGUGUGAAAAAGUAAUUCCCCUUUACACUCAAUAACUGGUUGUGCCCCCUUUUAGCUGUAAUGACUCCAACCAGACACUUCCUGUCGUUGUUGAUCUGUCUCUCACGCUGCUGUGGAGGAAUUUUGCAAUUAUUGUGUUAUUUGUUCACUCAGGUUCCCCUUUAUCUGAUAUUAGGUUUUGGUUGAAGAUCUAAUAACAUUCUGAAAAUAUGCCCACCUCACCCCCUCUUACACUGCCUCGCAGACCACCUCACCCACCUCUCACCCUGCCUCACUGUCCACCUCACCCCCUCUCACCCUGCCUCACUGUACACCUCACCCCCUCUCACCCUGCCUCACUGUCCACCUCACCCCCUCUCACCCUGCCUCACUGUCCACCUCACCCCCUCUCACCCUGCCUCACUGUCCACCUCACCCCCUCUCACCCUGCCUCACUGUACACCUCACCCCCUCUCACCCUGCCUCACUGUCCACCUCACCCCCUCUCACCCUGCCUCACUGUCCACCUCAGCCCCCUCUCACCCUGCCUCACUGUCCACCUCACCCCCUCUCACCCUGCCUCACUGUCCACCUCAGCCCCUCUCACCCUGCCUCACUGCCUACCCCACCCCCCCUCUCCCUCUCCCUCUGCCACACUGCCCACCUCCCCCUCUCUCACUGCCCACCUCCCCCCCUCUCCCACUGCCUCACUGCCCACCUCCCUCCCCCACCUCAAUGCCCGCCCCCCUGCCCCCCCCUCCCCCUGCCCAUCUCACCCCUUUCUAACCCCGCUCUCUCUGGAGGCUGGAGGGUUGCUAGGUGACCACAAAGUGUCAACCUGGCAUGUAGUGUCCUGCCUGUCUGACAGGUGAUCCGUCAUCUAAACAUUGAUAGUAUUGUCAGGGUUGGAGUCAACGCCCUUCCAACUCCAUCUAUUUCAUAAUGUGAACUGAAACGGAGUGCUCUCAUGAACAAGCCAACAUAACCCUUAAUUAUGACACUGUUAGGUCAUUUGGGGAUAUUUGCAAGCUAGAGGCAAUACAACCAUUAUUUGUAGUAUUUAUAAAGAAUUGUUUGGGCCUUUGGAUAGCCUUGACAUGAGACACUUAACUGAUCACAAUAUGAGUCUUAAUCAGUGUUGGGGGGUAGUAAACUACAUGUAGUUCAACUAGUAAUUUAACUACAUUAGCUUGUUGGCAGUUGAACUAAAUUUAAAUAUUGGUAGUGUUUUCAGUAGUUGAUUACUUUGUAGUGAUGUAGCUAACUGCUGGAACAACACACUACAUUCUUGCACCAAACAAAAAUAAAAUAUAGUUGAAGUAGGCAAUAUUUUCUUUUUUGUUGUUGUUGCAUCAGACCUGCCUAAUUCUCAAUUGAAACACAGCUUUUGUGUUUAAUAGGCUAAAUGACACAUUCUGACACCAGAGUGAUCUAUCCUGACAAUUUGUAGUCUAUGACAUUCCCAGCCUGGUCUCAUAGAUUAAAUGUAAACAAGUAACGUAAAUCCGGGACACUCAAAUUAGUUUGAUAUGUUACAUUUGGUAUGGUUACAUGAGACAGAUGGUUACUAAAGGUAAAAACAAAAGGAAGGCGAUUGAUUGGGGUGGAUGGAUGGGUGUAUAACGCAAACGUCUGGCAACCCAAAGGCGUGUUCGAAUCUCAUCACGGACAACUUUAGCUAAUUCACAACUUUUCAACUAUUUUUUAGCUACUUAACAUGGUAGCUAACCCUAACAUUAACCCUAACCUUAAAUCUUUAACCUAACUCCUAACCUUAACCUUAACCCGAACCUUAACCCUAACCAUUAGCCAAGCUAACAUUAGCCAGCUAGCUAAUGUUAGCGUUAGCCACUUAGCUUAAAUUAACCACAACAAAUUGGAAUUCGUAACAUAUCAUACAUGUUCAUAAUAUAUGGUACGUUUUGCUCAUUCGUAACGUAAAGUACGGAUUGUAAUUCGUAACAUAUCAUGCGAAAUGUGUGAUGGACAUCCCCCAAAUUAAUACAUACCAUUCAAAAACAUAACAUAUCAUACAAAAUGGAGUGUAUUUAACAAGUUAUACGAAAUGCUCUGAGACCAGGUUAACAUUUCAGAUCAAGAUAUGAUCAUCAUUUUUCAAAAUAAGUAACGUUCAGUAAACUCUAUUUUCCAUGAAGGUAGCUUUAGCGUAGCUUAAAUUCUUCCAAUGUGAAGCAAUUGGUAGCUUGGUAACAGUGGAGGCUGCUGAGAAUGGCUCAUGAUAAUGGAUGGAACGGAGCAAAUUAAAGCCAUGUGUUUGAUGUGUUUUAUACCAUUCCACUGAUUCCGGUUCAGUUAUUAUCAUAAACCAUGUGUUUGAUGUGUUUGAUGUGUUUUAUACCAUUCCACUAAUUCCGGUUCAGUUAUUAUCAUAAACCAUGUGUUUGAUGUGUUUUAUACCAUUCCACUGAUUCCGGUUCAGUUAUUAUCAUAAACCAUGUGUUUGAUGUGUUUGAUGUGUUUUAUACCAUUCCACUGAUUCCGGUUCAGUUAUUAUCAUAAACCAUGUGUUUGAUGUGUUUUAUACCAUUCCACUGAUUCCGGUUCAGUUAUUAUCAUAAACCAUGUGUUUGGUGUGUUUUAUACCAUUCCACUGAUUCCGGUUCAGUUAUUAUCAUAAACCAUGUGUUUGAUGUGUUUGAUGUGUUUUAUACCAUUCCACUGAUUCCGGUUCAGUUAUUAUCAUAAACCAUGUGUUUGAUGUGUUUUAUACCAUUCCACUGAUUCCGGUUCAGUUAUUAUCAUAAGCCAUGUGUUUGAUGUGUUUGAUGUGUUUUAUACCGUUCCACUGAUUCCGGUUCAGUUAUUAUCAUAAACCAUGUGUUUGAUGUGUUUGAUGUGUUUUAUACCAUUCCACUGAUUCCGGUUCAGUUAUUAUCAUAAACCAUGUGUUUGAUGUGUUUUAUACCAUUCCACUGAUUACGGUUCAGUUAUUAUCAUAAACCAUGUGUUUGAUGUGUUUUAUACCAUUCCACUGAUUCCGGUUCAGUUAUUAUCAUAAACCAUGUGUUUGAUGUGUUUUAUACCAUUCAACUGAUUCCGGUUCAGUUAUUAUCAUAAACCAUGUGUUUGAUGUGUUUGAUGUGUUUUAUACCAUUCCACUGAUUCCGGUUCAGUUAUUAUCAUAAACCAUGUGUUUGAUGUGUUUGAUGUGUUUUAUACCAUUCCACUGAUUCCGGUUCAGUUAUUAUCAUAAACCAUGUGUUUGAUGUGUUUUAUACCAUUCCACUGAUUCCGGUUCAGUUAUUAUCAUAAACCAUGUGUUUGAUGUGUUUGAUGUGUUUUAUACCAUUCCACUGAUUCCGGUUCAGUUAUUAUCAUAAACCAUGUGUUUGAUGUGUUUUAUACCAUU